AUGCCUUCUCGCUCUGCGUGUGUUCUAAGCGGCUCAAACCCCAACCUCUCACCCACACCCCCCUUCUCCUCCCUCCCCCCUCACCUUUCCACUGUGUCCCGUCGUGCCGCAGAUGUGUACGAGGGGUGUCAGGACCGGAUUGGGGAGGACCCACGCGCCAUUCCUCCUCGCAAUGACCUCCACACGUGCACUCUGGUUCCACGCAUAGGAAAGCGCAAGACGGUGACGGUGGCGACGACAGUGAAGAAGGGUGACUGCCUGUGGGGCAUCAGUCGACAGCUGACAGGCACAGGCACCAAUUGGAAAGACAUUGUGAACGAGAAUCGGCAAUAUUUCAAAAAGGCUAAAUUUGACACUCCUAUUGACGACGAUCUUUUCAUCAUCCAGCCAGGCUGGAAGCUCAAGAUGCCAGUCACUGCCCCCCCUCCUCCUGAAGACUGA